GUCAUUGUGUUUGUUUAUGGUGCCGGUGAUCCUGAGUGUGCUGUGUGGUAGUCGUUCGAUGAGAGUGAGUUUUGUCACUUGCACAGGAGAGUUGCAGUGUUCUUUGUUGCAGACGGCGCUCUGCUGAGUAUAUCUUAGUUCUUGGUACCUGUAGUCGACUUUCAUCAACCUGUUAGCAACUCGUAGAAUGUCGGGAGGGCAUAUGUCUCUUCAAGAGGCGCUUUGUGCCAUGUCAAUGAUGGAUACUCAUAUCGAUUACUCAAUUUCGUCAACCCCAACCACUCCACGACGGCCUGCUGCGUCCAGGUCGCCUCUUCCGUUGGUUUUGGUCACGAAUGCACUGGGUGGCGAGACGAAGACCAGCGGAUCUCCAUCAUCGACAGAUGCGACCCUGGUUGGCUCUUCUGGCGGCCAACGCUUGCCAAGAUCACCGUCAACAUCAUCAACAGUUUCUCAGUCACCCACCCUAUCACCGGUGAGGGAAGUUCCAGUAUCCGAUGACAUCCAGUCAACUCGAGCACGCCGACCUCCCUCCUCUUCACAUCCGUCACUGUAUCUUCACCGUGCCAGCUUGCGCACGGCUUCGCCGUACGGCAGUAUACUGAAAAAGAAGAAAAGGAACGGCGGCAUGGAUGCUGUGGAGCGGCGGCGGCGGCGUCGGAGACUUCGCGGCAUUGUGUCGGACGACGAGUCUGCCCUGGAGUGCUUCUUCGAGUGUCCACCGCCGAGUCCGAGCAGCGCCGGCGAACACACGGAAGACAGUCAGUCCAUUGAACUGGCGUACAUGCUCGGUGAGCUGAGAACUAGCUCGCCUGCGCCGUCGGUACCGUCGGCACAACCACCACCGCCACCGCCACUGUCCUCAGACAACAGUCCUCAGUUGAGCAAUGAUGAAGUCUUCGCACCGUCGGCCAUCACUAACGCAUUAUCUAAUCAGCAGCAGCAGCAGCAGCAGUGGCGUGGGCAGCGUCCACCUCAUUCUGAUUCACCAUCUUUGUGGAGCCAGGCAACGAACACCACAACGACAGCAGCGGUCACGGCCACGGCGGCAAUGUCCUCUGUGCCCACGAUCAGUAGCAUUUCUAGUUUGUCUAAUCGGCUGGAUGAGGCGCUGUCACCCUUCUCCUGCGGAGUUCAACAAACCUGCCGGCAGUGUGCUUCAAGGCAAUUCUCAACGUCAUCUAGUAGUUGCAACUGCCGGCCGGCAUUGAACACCUGGGAUGACACGACGCCAGACGAAUUAGCUUCAUACAUUCAGCAUACCCUGUACUUACCACGGGAAAUGUCAGAUGCUGCGAAGAUGAUGUACGCGUGAGUUGCUAUUGUCUUCUCGCCUUUGCUGCCGGUGUGGUAACGCUGUUGUCCUUGUGCUGUGCUCUGCCACCGCACUUUUCACCGUUCUGCCACUGUUUUGUUUUUUUAAUUUAUCGAACCCAGUGCCCCCAUAGACUUAGUUACAGUCUAGGAACCCACACGAUUAGUUGCACCAUUGAUGAUAUCCGCUCGUAAGCAGUAGACUGUAAACAUUGGGCAGCUUGUGUGGCUGCUUGCAACCCCUUUUCCUCACCCCCCUCCCUCCUGCUACUUUUUUUAUGUCUGCCUUUUUUAUUAACUUAUCCCCCCCCCCCUCCCUCCUGCUACUUUUUUUAUGUCUGCCUUUUUUAUUAACUUAUUUCCUGAGUCUAGACAACAGAGUGAAACGACCUACUGUGUUUUAACCAAGCCCCCACCCACUAUCCCAUAUCUGUUCUAUCCAGAAGUUGUUUUGAUCAUCACUUGUCUGACUGAUAUUAGGAUUUCUCUUGUCUUGUGUGUGUGUGUGUGUUUUAUCUCCAAAGUUUUAUCAGCGUGUCCUAUUUUUGUGUUAAUUUUUCGCCUCUCUGGCUGUAGAGUGUUGUGUGUUUUUCUCAUCUUCGUCGCGCUUUUGCUUGCCAUCAAUGGUUUUUUUAUACUCGAUUUUUCCUCAGUCUAGCUCCACUCCGGUGUUUCAGUUUUUGGUUGGUGUGAGAUAUUCACCAUUAUGCUGCUCUAUUUUGUUUUUUGGUUGGUGUUUCAGCCCUUACUUCUGCCCCCUCCCCAACACUUCUGCAGUACCAUAGUCUGUGAUUGUCUAUGCUGCUGGUUUUAAGAAGAGCACAAUGAUACUGGAUACUUGUUUGACCUCACUCCUGUAGAUAAUGUCGUGUCACUUUCAGGCUAG